UGCUAUUCUGUUCUCAUUCAUUCCCCAAAAUCCUUCUUCUACUUCUACUUCUUUUCAUUCCAUUUGGUCCAAUCAAUCAUCAUUCACACAACAUAUUAUAUACAAAUAUAUAUACAGAGAUAGUGAGAGAGAGAGAGAGAUCUAAAAUAAGUCCAAGAGAAAAAUGGAAGAAGAGAGAACAUCAAAGUUUAAGAGAAUUUGUGUUUUUUGUGGUAGUAGUUCUGGAAAAAAACCUAGUUAUCAAGAAGCUGCUACUGAAUUAGGAAAAACACUGGUGGAGAAAGGGAUUGAUUUGGUUUAUGGAGGAGGAAGCGUGGGUCUGAUGGGUCUUGUUUCUCAGGCAGUUCAUGAUGGUGGGCGCCAUGUUCUAGGAGUGAUUCCAAGGACUCUGAUGCCUAGAGAGAUAACGGGUGAAACUAUCGGAGAAGUGAGAGCAGUUUCUGGCAUGCAUCAAAGGAAGGCUGAAAUGGCCAGGCAAGCUGAUGCCUUCAUUGCCCUUCCUGGUGGUUAUGGGACCCUUGAAGAACUUCUUGAAGUCAUCACAUGGGCUCAGCUUGGAAUCCACCGUAAACCUGUGGGGCUGUUGAAUGUAGAGGGUUACUAUAAUUCGUUGUUGAGUUUCCUUGAUAAGGCCGUAGAUGAAGGCUUUAUUUCUCCAACAGCACGUCGCAUUAUCGUGUCUGCUCCGACAGCCCAACAAUUAGUCAGAGAGCUUGAGGAACAUGUACCAGAGACAGAUGAAAUCACAUCAAACUUGAUAUGGGAGGAAGAAGUUCAAAGAUAUAAUUACACGACUACUGAAUCUGCAGUUCCUACGUAAAAAAAACAAUAUGCUUUUCUGUGGGAUUUAGGUAUUUUGGUAUAUAAGUAUUAUAUAUGGUAUACAAUGUUGAACUGUAGGUUUUGUCACGGUAAAAUGUUUUUGUGGGUUUUAAUGUUGCAACAUACUUACCUGGAAAGCGAAAAAAAGAAGGAAAAUUAUCAGUUCAAGUUUUAGGUCCGGUUUGUUGAAGCAUUUUUAUGAUUUAUAGUGUAUGUUUAUUAGUGUGUCCCUUUUUGGAGAGGCAAUUGACUUGCUUUGAAUGUACCCCAUUAACA